CAGGGACUCAUCUUGUCGCGUUACUGCACCUUUGUAAGGCUACGUAGCGUAACGUCUGCUUACAUCUACCGGGGUGUUAUGAGCAGCUUAGAUGUGAAGAAUUGGCGUGAAAUUCAGCAUAUUAACUUAAAAAUCGUGACAGCUCUCAGGUGUAAUUUGGGUGCCACCUUGUGAAAUGGAAAACACGACCGACGACUACAGGAUCCAGUCGUUUGACCUGGACACACAGAUGUUGCUGAAAACAGCCUUGAAAGAUCCAAGUUCAGUGAACCUGGAGAAGGUGUCCAGUAUCAUCGUGGAUCAGUCUCUAAAGGACCAGGUGUUCAGCAAAGAGGCCGGUCGCAUCUGCUACACCAUUGUGCAGGCCGAGGCGAAGCAGAACAACGGAAACGUGUUCAGGAGGAACUUGCUGAACCGCCUCCAGCAGGAGUUCAAGAACCGCGAGGAGACGAGGGGGCGUUCGCUGCAGGAGUGGGUGUGCUACGUCUCGUUCAUCUGCAACGUCUUCGACUACCUCAAAGUGAACAACAUGCCGAUGGUGGCCCUGGUCCAUCCUGUGUACGACUGUCUGAUCAGGCUGGCCCAACCAGAUGCUCUGAUGAAUGAAGAGGAGGUGGACUGCCUGGUGCUGCAGCUUCACCGCAUCGGGGAGCAGCUGGAGAAGGUGAACAGCCCGCGAAUGGACGAGCUGUUCUUCCUGCUGCGGGACGGCUUCCUGCUCCAGGAGGGCCUCACCUCCAUGGCCCGUCUGCUGCUGCUGGAGAUCCUGGAGUUCAGGGCCGGCGGUUGGAUGCUCAGCAGCACCGCCCACAAGUACUACUACAGUGAAAUCGCUGACUAGGAUUGUCCCAAGGACACGGGUGCUGAGCAGCUGUUGUGCAGGUGCGUUAGCCAACCUUCAGAGCACCUCGGAUACCUCUGUGUAGUCACCAGGGUUUCCCCCAGAAAGCUGGUAAGUGGGAGCAGCGGCCGGCGCUGCCCUUAAAGCUUAAAAUGAUUUUUAUUAAAGUGUAUUAAGUUCUUCUGAUGUUAGUCGAGGCUCACUGUGGGAAACCCUGGGCACCACUGAUUAUAAAACCAGCAGUUUCAUGAAGGACAGGACAUCUUCCAGGAAAACAGAGGAGGGUUCUGUGACGACAGAGGUUCAUAAACUGUAAAAAGACUUUUGAUUUCGCUGGAUUGUUCCCUGCGUUUGAUAAUAUUCCUGAGACUUGGUGCCGUGGAUGUGGAAUGUGCAAUAGUUCACAAGGUGUUGAAGUGAAGUUAACGAGGUUUAGCCACAUUCAGGUACACUUGGUUUUAGAGUUUGAUAUUUUUUAUGUUUUUUUAUUAAUCUUACAGGCAUUCCUGUAUUGAGAAAACAUUUCAAAGUCCAACUUAUUAUUAUUAUUUUUAACAAUCCAAAGGACUUGGAAGAGACAUUCCAGUCAGAUGCAAGCUGAUUUGGUCGUUGCUUUACUUUUUAUUGUUGUGUGACCAAAUUUAAUAGAAAAUCAAAUAGUUUAAUAACUUAGUUUAGUAUCUUUUGCGUAGUAUUGACAUUUUACAAAAGGUUUGAAAUGCAGUUCAGAGGAAUUUUCUGCCUAAUUUGUCCUGUAGGAUUCCUGUGUUACUGUUUUGUUAUGUGUCGUUACGUGAGGCCGUUCUGUCAGAUGAAGCGUCGUGUCUUAAUUCAGGGACCUUCUUUUAUUUAAUUUCAUUUGUUGCAGCUCCACUUAAACAUAGAAGACCAACAGAUUGGCUGCAGUUCAUAUUAAAGCUGUGUUUCUGCAGAUAAAUGAGUCAGAUAUUUAAAACAUUUCUGGAUUCACAAGUGUCAUUUGUUAAACAACUCGUGCCAACACAACAACAGCAUCAUCCAGAACUUCUUGACAAAGCCUAAGCUCUUAAUUUGAUAAGUCGCCAGAGGACAGUGGCGGAAGAAGUGCUCGGAUCAUUCACUUAAGUAAAGGCAGCAAUACCACAGACAGUGUAUAAAUAGUUACUGAAACAUCAUUUAUUUGUUGAGCAUAUUUUGUAUUUUUAAUCAGUAACUGAAGUCAUCAAAUGAAUGUAGUGGAGUGAAACAGUACAAUAAUACCCUUAAAAUUAGUUGAGUAAAUGUUCCGAGUUAUCAUCCAACACUGCUGGAGGAGCAGGUAUCUAUCCUCCCUUCACAUAUGUGCAGGUCAGCCAGGAGUUUAAAGCGCAUGGAGACAUAUUUUUCCUCUGAAUUCAGCACCACCAGCACCAGCUACACCACAGCAUGUAGCUGAGCUCAGUUUUUCGUUGGAGUCUGUUGUUACCUUUGUUGAUGCUCAGUGACGGCUCAACCAGAGCUGUGCCUUGGAUUCAGACAGACACAAGCAUAGGAGACAAAUGUCAUGUGGUGAAAAUGUUACAUCUCUUUGACAUUAUUUUGAAAAGUUGUACCUGUAAUUAUAUGUAAAUAAGCAAAGUGUAAAGGGUAAGUCUGGUGUUUUUAAACCUGGAACAUAUUUCUUGUGUCUAAGUGACUAAUGGGAAUAAUGAUUUUCAAAUUGGUUCAGUAUUGAGUGACAGUGAUGAUGCAAGCAGCGGUAAAACAGGCACAAUAAAUUGUGUUUCACCACAAUAAGAUUACUGUUUAUUUAGAUGGAGUCUGGUGGGUUUGUUUCCAUUCAUCACUUUGACACAAAAGUAUGUUAAAAUAGAGUCCUGGUUAAAAAAUACCAAACUUCCCCUUUAAUAUAAAUUUGGCAGAGACAUCACCCUCUGAUCAGUUCAGAGAAAGAAUCCUCAAUAUUAGCAAAGCAUUUAAUUAAAAGGAUUCAGGAUAUUUGUAUCAUAUUUCCCAAAAUCCUUUUUUCUAGUUGUGUUUUAACAUUUCCGUACAAGCCUUGUAUUUAUCGCCACCUUCAGACCAGGUAGAUGAAACAAACUGAGGCUAAAUAGGUUUGACGGUGUUUUAAAUUGAUCCUAAAGAGUUAAAUUAGGUCUGACUGCUGUAGACACUCACAGUCCCUUAAAGACAGGGCACAGUUCUGACUGCAAUAUCUGUUUAUAUAUUUUAUUACACUGUUGUGACAUUUUUACAUCACUCAGUUCCAUUUUUUAUGGUUGGGUUGUACAUUUGAUGCAGAUUUAUUUGUUCUAAUAAAUCUUGGAAGUUUUUCCUUAA